UUCAUUUUCACAUAGAAACCAAAGCCCCAGCUUCGGACCCGAGCCACUCGGCUUCGUCCGCCGAGCCCCAGCCUCGGCCCGAACCUCAGUUUUGUUCCUCAGUUCGUUGAAAAUUUCGCACUAUUUCGAUCACUUUUUAUCUCUCUGUCUGUCUAUCUCUCUCUGUCAAAGACGCCCAUUUACUCACUCUUCGAUUCAAACCCUAACGCUUCGCAAUCAGACACUCUCGGAGGAUCGGUUCGGAGCUUCAAUGGAGGCCGCUCGACGUUACUGAUAAGUUUUGAGGGCGGGAAACGUGGCAAGGAGUAACCAAAUGUAUAGGAUGAGGUAAUUUUUCUCCUCACAAAAUUUUAGCUGCUGAGUAUUUGUGGGCUGGAUCAUCUAUGCCUGGCAACGAAGUUGGAGACAGGGUCCACAAUUUCUUUGGCCAAGAGAACUUGUCUGAGGACCAGCAUCAUUCACAGGUUGUUCAUGGGAACUGGCCUGGAUUAAAUAACAAUCUAUUGGUUGGAAGCCAGAGACAGAUUGGUGCAUCUUUUAUUUCUGAUUUAAAGAAUUACAAUGUACAACAAUCAGACUCUGAGAGGGGAGAUGGAAGUCAGUCUUCAAGAGUACCACAUAGUUUCAACUUGGCACAAUCAAAUUUGAGGCCUGAGUUUGGCAGAAAUUUGUCUCAGAAUCAGCAGACAACUCUGAAUGGCCAUGUGCAUGGGCAGCAGUUUUUCCAGACAAGGCAGAAUGAGGCGAACUUUUUGGGAAUGGAUACAGAAUCUGAUCGCAAUAAUUUGACAUCAAGAGGCAUAUCUAUUCUUGCUUCACAGCGAGGGAAUGCUCCUGAGCUUAGUAGGAAAAACUUAUCAAGGUUGGAAGCUACUGAAUCUCCGGUUAAUUUUGAUUUUUUUGGAGGCCAGCAGCAAAUGAGUGGCCAGCAGCGUGGCAUGCUGCAGUCUUUGCCAAGGCAGCAGUCGGGGAUCAAUGACAUGCAGCUACUACAGCAACAAGUCAUGCUCACACAAAUGCAAGAAUUUCAGAGGCAGCAACAACUUCAGCAACUAGAGGCAAGGCAACAGAGUUCUAUGAAUCAGGUUUCCCCUGUCCAAAAACAGACAGCUCCCAACCAUUCAGCUGCCCUAAUCAAUGGCAUUCCUAUUAACGAGGCAUCUAAUUAUCCAUGGCCGCCUGAGCUUGUGGCAGGUAACACGAACUGGCUGCAGCGUGGUGCAUCUCCAGUUAUGCAAGGGUCUUCUAGCGGACUUGUGUUAUCCCCUGAGCAAGGCCAGGCACUAUGUUUGAUGGGAUUGGUUCCUCAACAGGUUGAUCAGUCGCUUUGUGGGGUUCCUAUUUCAAGUGCAAGAAGUACUUCUCAUGUUCAAAUGGAUAAGCCUGCAUUGCAGCAGGUAUCAGUUGGUGGUAAUUCCUUUUCGGGUCAUCAAUAUGCUACAUUUCCUGGUCCAGUUAGCAUGCAAGAUGAACCUUUGGCUUCCAGGCAGGAUUUUCAAGCUAAGAAUGUUUUUGGUCCUGCUGCUGGCCAAGGCUUAAACAGUGGAUUUAAUUUGGAAAACUUUCAGCAAGUGAAUCCCCAGCGAAGAAAUGCAUCCAUGCAGGAAUUCAAUGGGAGGCAAGAGCUAGGUGGGUCUUCAGAAACAUCACAGGAGAAAACACUGAUUCAGGUUGCCCCUUCACAGAGCGUGUCUUCCCUAGAUCCAACGGAAGAAAAGAUUUUGUUUGGUUCAGAUGAAAAUCUGUGGGAUGCCUUUGGCAGGAGUGCAGGGGGUUAUAGUAUGUUGGAUGGCACAGAUGUUUUUAAUGGACUUCCUUCUGUGCAAAGUGGGAGUUGGAGUGCUCUUAUGCAAUCUGCUGUAGCUGAAACUUCUAGUGCUGAAAUAGGGAUUCAGGAAGAGUGGAGUGGUCCAACUUUUGGGAACGCAAGACCUCCGACUGGGAAUCAGCAGCCCUUAAGCAUUAAUGAUAGUAGCAAACAGCAAGGCUGGGCUGAUAAUAACUUGCAGACUGCUAAUUUGAAUUCUAGACCUUUUCCCCAUUCUGACGAUGCAAAUAGGCCCACUACGAGUACCAAUUAUUUUAAUGUUCAAGGAUUUCAGCAAUCAGGACUCAAAACGUUGCAUCAACAGGGUGACAGAUUGCAGGAUAGUUCUUCUCAUAGAACUAUUCCACAGUUUCAGGAAGAAGGAAGCAAAUGGUUAGAUCGUAGCCCUCGUCAAAAGCCACUUGCUGAAGGCAGUCAUAUAUAUGGAAAUGCUGCUCAGUCUUCAUGUCCAGAAACAAAAACCAAGAGCAUUUCAGGUUCUUGGGCCCAUCAACAGACCAUAUCUUCAUAUAACAGUGGUGGCCAGCCCUACAAUAGAUCAAAUGGUUGGAACUUUAUUGAAUCUGUGUCACCUGAUAGUGCUGCUACUCUGAAACAUCAUGAAAAUGAAAAAUCAUCUCAAAUGACUCAGAGUAGUGAUCAUAAGGGAAACUCACAUGAGGAAAUUGGUCAUGUUGCCGGUAGAUGGAAGAAUGCUUCUGUUCCCAAUUCAUCUGUUGAAUUGGGACAUACAAAAUCUGGCAUAGGUAGUCUGCAGGUAUAUAGGGAAGAUUCAAGUUCUAAUAGUGUUGCUGCAGUACCUAAUUCAAGCACUUCAAGGGCCAGCCAGGAAAGAAGCCAGCAGCUAAAUAAUAAUAAUAUUGAUUUGUGGAAAGAUGUUGAUUCUUCAGGGAGCUCCAAAGGAAAGGAGGUUCUGGGGAAAUACCAACAUCAUCUCAACGAGAGCUCUCAAGUUUUGGAGUCAUCAGGGAAUAAUGGCUUGGACAAGGCAGCGGGUGAAAUGCAUGAAACAGAGAACUCGAAUAGAAAAGAGAACUCAAGUGACAGUUUUCGCUCUAACAUGUAUCAACAAACUUCCACUGGUGGUUUGAGAGAGAAUGUCUGGUUGGAUGCUAGUGACUCCCGUGCUUCGACUGGGGGCAAACAAAAGUUAUCUAGUCAAGGUAAUCGAAAACCUGGAACUCGCAGAUUUCAGUAUCAUCCAAUGGGGGAUGUAGAUGUUGAUGUGGAGCCUUCUUAUGGCGCAAAACAUAAUUCAAAUUCACAGCCCAUGGCUCAGCAGGUUUCUCAAGGAUUAAGAGGUCAUGACCAGGUGUACAUUGGCCAGUCAAGAUUUGCUGGUCACACCAAUAGAAAUUCUAUGGAAUUGGAGAAGGGCCGUUUACCUGGUUUUCAGGGUGACACAAAAGGCUUAGAUGAGAUAACUUUGAAUAGCAUGCUUCCAGGUCAUGUACCUAAUUCCUCUGCUCCCUUUGACAAAUCUGUGGGUACUUAUGACCCUAACAUGACAGUAACAUCGAGUCAAAAUAUGCUUGAGCUUCUUCAUAAGGUGGAUCAAUCAAAUGAACUUGGCACCAGAACGCACGUUGGCUCUUCUGAUCGCUAUCUGUCUUCUGAGAUGUGUGAAACGGAAACUUCUGAUGGAUCUGGUGGUCAUCUUCAGCGAAAACAGUCUUCUGCUACUCAAGGUUUUGGUUUACAGUUGGCACCUCCAUCUCAACGGUCGCCAAUUCCUGAUCGUGCCUUAUCUUCCCAGAGCUCCUCACAAACAGUUCUUGGUUCAUCUCAUGUAGCUUCUGGGAGUGGGGAUAAGGGUAACACAUGGUUGGCUUCCGCAGCCUCCGUUCAGUCUUUGUCAUCUUCACGUGAAUCAUCUCAAGGUGAAUUUAGGAAUAACAUUUCUGGUAGUUCAGGACCAACCGGUAAUAUACCUUCACAAUAUGGUGUCCAGGGAAAUUUUUCUGCAGCUUUUGCUUCUGGUUCUCCUUUCUCAAGAAGUCAUCUUCAGGCUCAGCACAUGACUGUUGCAAGUGGACAAGUAAUGUCGAAUCAACCUGUAGACAUAUCUUUCGAUAGGCUUCCUUCCCAAUCGAAACAGAGAGAUCAAUCUGGUGAGAGAACUCCAACGGGUCAAUCUGCACUGGCAGCAGUGACAGAUAUGUCUACAAGCACUCGUCAAAAUAACCUUGCUUGUUCUGCGGAGAUGCCCCAUUCUAGAGAUCCAGCCCUACAAAUCCCAUCUUCCGAGGCCAUGCCAGUCUCUCUGCCUUGUGUUACAUCUGGCAUGUCUCAACCAGGUGCUUUUUCAAAAAUGUUACCUAAUUUAUGGAACAGUGUUUCAAGCCAGCAACACUUGUCAGGUCCCCAGCUAUCCAAGGUUCCGUCCAAUUUAUUAAAGUCCCAUCUUCAAUCAGAUAACAAUUCUGGACCUCUGACGCUUGAUAAUCAAGAUCCCCAGAGAGGAGGGAGUGGUCAGCCUGGAUUUGGUGCAAGUUCUAUAAAUUCACAAGGCUUAGUUGGGAAAGAGCAUUCUAUGAAAGAAAGCCCUGGUCAGCAAGUGUCGGCUGAGAAUAUUGACCAUGUCGAAAAGACAUUGAGUCUAUCACAGGGAAAGGAAUCUGUUGUAAAGCGUCUUUCUGAUUCUACUCAUUCAAAUGCUGCUGCUACCCAAAGAGACAUUGAAGCUUUUGGCCGUUCUUUAAGACCAAAUAAUGUCAUGCAUCAAAACUACUCCUUACUGAAUCAAGUACAAGCCAUGCAAUCCGAGAUUGAUCCAAGUAAUCGUAGUGUGAAGAGAUUUAGAGGUCCAGAUUCUGGUGUGGAUGUACAACAGGUAGCUCCCAAAGGAGGACAGCCACUAUCAUAUGGAUACAAUACUAUGAUGAGAGAAGCAUCAGAUGAUCAUAGUUCAGGUCCAUCUGGAGAUUCUAAGAUGCUAAGCUUUUCAGCUAAGCUAGGGGAAAGUCGGGAUACAAAUGCAUCUUCUCAGGACAUCCUUGCAUUUGGUCAGGACAAUUCUCAUAAUUUAUCUAGUAGUAAUGAUGCAGCUGGUGUUCAGGCUGAGCAUUCUCAGAUUAGUCCCCAGAUGGCACCAUCUUGGUUUGAGCGGUAUGGAAGCCUAAAAAAUGGGCAGAUGUUACCAUCGUAUGAUGGGCGGAAAACUGCCACUGCCAAGGCUUUGGAACAGCCUUUCAUUGUUGGGAAGCCGUCUGAUGAGUUGCUUGCUCAUAAUUCAGUCGAGCAAGUUAAUGCUGCUGCCAGUGCUAGCCAUCUUGGUUAUGUCAGGCAAGGUUCUACCUCUACAUCAGUAGCAAAUGAACAGCUAUCAACCCCUCAUUUAUUGUCUUCUGAUGUCACUGAUCAAAGUCUAGUUGUGAGACCAAAGAAGCGUAAAAGUGCUACCUUAGGACUUAUACCAUGGCAUAAAGAACUGACAGAGGGUUCCCAAAGGCUUCAGAGUAUCAGUGCAGCAGAAUUAGUCUGGGCCCAAGCAGCAAAUCGACUGAUUGAGAAGGUGGAUGAUGAAGCUGAAGCGGUUGACGAUGGACUGCUUAUGCUUAGACCAAAAAGAAGGCUUUCUUUGACGACACAGCUUAUGCAGCAACUGCUUCGCCCUGCUCCAGCUGUAGUUCUCUCUGCAGAUUCUAGCUCACACUAUGAGAGUGUGGCUUACUUUAUUGCUAGAUCAACACUAGGGGAUGCAUGCAGUGCAAUAUCUUGCUUUGGAAGUGAUACCCAUAUGCCUUAUGACAGCAGAAACCUCCUGUCUGAGAAGCUUAGAAGAUCUGGUAGAAGUGAUGAUCAGUGCUUAAAAGUUAUCGAAGACUUCAUUGGCAAAGCGAGGAAGCUGGAAAAUGAUCUGUUGAGACUGGAAAAUAGAGUCUCAAUAUUAGACUUAAGAGUGGAAUGCCAGGAUCUAGAGAAGUUUUCUGUCAUCAACCGUUUUGCCAAAUUCCACGGGCGGGGGCAGGUUGAUGGGCCCGAAGCCUCAUCAUCCUCCGAGACUACUGCAAAUGCUCAAAAAUCCUUCCCCCAGAGAUAUGUUACUGCACUUCCAAUGCCUAGGAAUCUUCCAGACAGGGUACAAUGUCUUUCACUUUGAUCAUUAAUUAAUUGAUUUUUUUCCUCUUUCUCAGUCAAUUGUCUCCACAUCCCUGGUGCUUCUAUGGUCCAUUUUCUUUCAACUUAUAUAAUGGUUACUUGCUCUGAAACUAUAGAACCACAGGGGUGGGAAUGUAGGAGAAGAAUGGAUAGUAGAAUGUCUCCUUAAAACCGAUGGAGGCUGUUAGAUCUUUGCAAAAUCUAGGCCAUUGAUGUCGUUCUUGAGAAAUAUAAGUUGGUUCCCUGUAUACUUUGAUAGUCUAGAAAGAAACUGCAUUACUGCAAUGCCCCGUCAUUUUUCAGUAACUGGGGAGGGCAGAAGCACAUUCUGGUUUUCAGCAGCUAUAAUUCCAGGUAAUAAAUGUGAAUCGUUCCCAAGUUUUGGAGCAUGA